GGGUUGUUAUAAACCACACGGGGCUGCAGGCAGGAGGGCAGGCAGCUCCUGGUGGCCUGAGGAGAAGCAGAGUAGCUGGUGCUGGCAGAACCUCAGGUUGGACAUGAAGAUCUCCUUGGCCCUGCUCCUCCUGCUGCUGGCAGCUGCCUGGACUGGAAGCCAGGGGUUGUCCUUACGCAGCUCCAAAGCCCACUGCUGCUCCAAGGAAAUGUUCUCCCGUCGGAAAAUCCCCGAGCUCAAGAUCCAGGGCUACAUGGAAACGCCUUCCACCUGCACCUACAGAGCUGUGCUUGUGCAGCUGCAGAAGGGGAUGGUCUGUGUGGACCCAGAGAAAAAAUGGUUCCAGGAGUACCUGAGGAAGCAGAAGAAGCAAAACAGCACCUCCACGUGAAGCUGCCUUCCCCAAACCUCUAUUUAAUUGUGCCCCAUCAUUCUCUGCGUGUUUUGGUGUCGUUAAUUGAUUUACAGAGCUGGCUCUGUCCCCUGCCCUGCACUGCACAUCCCUUGUGGACUCAAUAAACCCUCUUGUGGUCACCUGUA